CACAUCUGUAGUACCAAACUACUGUUAGCUGACUGCUAUCUUACUUAGAUAAUGAGUCCCACCUCUCAUAAUAAGUGAAAGCUCACAAGCCGCAAAACGGUGCCAAAUAUAGUUUUCGCUUAAUGCAUUGUUGCCAUUUUUGGAAGUUAAAAUCUCCAGGUGGAAACUGUUUCCUCUUCUAUGACAAGGCAAUCAUAGCUCAGAAGGUGAACAGUGACCAUCAAGGAUAGAGACGGCUUGCACCAUUAGGGGGGAAAGAGGAGCCGCAGGAUCUUCUGGAAUGGCAGGUGGUCGGAGAGGAGCCAACCGCACCACGUACUGCAGGUCUCCACUGGGCAGUGAACAGUCUGUCGGCAAUGGAAGCCACUCCACCAGCUCCCCAGUCACAGGGGUGCGGUCACGGACAAGGAACGGCUCGGGCACUGGCAUGUCCAGCCCUCCUUUAGCUGCCCAGACAGUUGUCCCUCUGAAGCACUGCAAGAUUCCAGAACUCUCCAUGGAGAAGAAUGUCCUCUUUGAGCUCCACCUGUUCUUCUGCCACCUCGUGGCACUCUUUGUCCACUAUGUAAACAUCUACAAGACAGUAUGGUGGUACCCACCAAACCAUCCACCCUCCCACACCUCGCUGAACUUCCAUCUUAUUGACUACAACAUGUUGAUAUUUACCAUCAUCGUGUUGGCACGCAGACUUAUAGCAGCAAUUGUAAAGGAGGCGUCUCAGAGUGGGAAGCUCUCGUUUCCUCACUCCAUCUUCCUGGUGACGGCUCGCUUUGCUGUGCUCACCCUGACUGGCUGGAGCCUCUGUCACUCCCUCAUCCACCUAUUCAGGAGCUACUCAGUGCUGAGUCUACUGUUCCUUUGUUACCCAUUUGGAAUGUACAUCCCCUUCUUCCGGAUCAGCUGCGACUUUAGCCGCACCGGGCCGCUCUCGCCCAUCACCAGCAUCGGUGCCAAGGAGAUGGGCAGCAUGGUGCGCGGGCGCGACUACCUCUCGGUGCUGAAGGAGACGUGGAAGCAGCACACCAGCCAGCUGUACGGCGUGACCGUCAUGCCCACACACGCCUGCUGCCUCUCCCCUGACCUGGUGCGCAAGGAGGUGGAGUACCUGAAGGUGGACUUCAACUGGCGGAUGAAGGAGGUGCUGGUCAGCUCCAUGCUCAGCGCCUACUACGUGGCCUUUGUGCCCGUAUGGUUUGUCAAGAGUACUCAGUAUGUGGACAAGCGCUGGUCGUGUGAGCUCUUCAUCCUCGUAUCGGUCAGCACCUCGGUCAUCCUCAUGCGCCACCUGCUGCCGCCACGCUACUGCGACCUCCUGCACAAAGCGGCCGCCCACCUGGGCUGCUGGCAGAAGGUGGACCCCGCACUCUGCAGCAACGUCCUGCAGCACAUCUGGACAGAGGAGUACAUGUGGCCACAGGGGGUUCUGGUCAAACACAACAAGAACGUCUACAAAGCUAUGGGUCACUACAAUGUAGCAGUGCCUUCAGACGUUUCCCAUUAUCGCUUUUAUUUUUUCUUCAACAAGCCCCUUCGAAUAUUAAAUAUCCUCAUCAUUCUAGAGGGAUCCAUGAUAUUUUACCAGCUCUACUCACUAAUGUGCUCAGAGAAGUGGCACCAGACAAUAUCAUUAGCCCUCAUCCUGUUCAGCAACUAUUACGCUUUCUUCAAACUGCUACGUGACAGAAUAGUUUUGGGGAAAGCGUAUUCAUACACAUCAAGCUCAGAUCAGAAAGUCAGUUAGUGAAGCCAGCUUUUCACCCAGCGAGUCAGUCGUUCUGUCUUCACAACAAGAAAAAGGAGAAAACAGCAUGCAUGAGAGCUUUUUAUUUUUUCUACAAAUGCAUUUUGUUUUUGAUUUUUUUGUUCUGAUCUGCCAUAUUAAAUCAAAGAUAUUUUUGUAUUCC